AUGCCCUGUGUGCACUAUAAAUUUUCCUCUAAACUCAACUAUGACAUGAUCGUCUUUGAUGGGCUCCAUAUCUCCCUGUGCGACUUAAAGAAGCAGAUUAUGGGGAGAGAAAGACUGAAAGCUGCCAAUAGCGAUCUGCGGAUCUUCAACGCAGAGACGGAAGAAGAAUAUACGGAUGACAAUGCGCCAGUUCCUAAAAACACAUCUGUCAUUGUCAGAAGAAUUCCUCCUGGAGGUGCUAAGUCGGCCAGGAAGACAUACGCUCUAAGUCGAACUGAACCAGUGACGGGAACCAAACAGGCCAGCGCUGACUCUUCUGCAUCUCUUUCUCUGGCCCAGCUCACAGAGACUGCCAAUCUGGCUGAAGCCGAAGCUUCGGAGGAAGACAAAAUCAAAGCGAUGAUGUUGCAAUGUGGCCGUGAAUACGGCCCAAUGGGUUCCGUGAAGCAGCCUCUAGGUCCACCACCUCCGUCUUAUACCUGUUUUCGUUGUGGUGUCCCCGGUCAUCAUGUUAAGAGUUGCCCAACAAACGGGGAUAAGAACUUGCAGACUGGCCGGAGAAUCAGAAGGAGCACUGGAAUUCCUACAAGUUUUCUGACUGAGGUGGAAGAUCCUAACGCGAAGGGUGCACUGCUUACCAACACUGGAAAAUACGCAAUACCAACCGUGGAUGCGGAGGCCUAUGGUGUGGGGAAGAAAGAGAAGGCACCCUUGUUACCAAGGGAACCGUCGUCAUCUUCAUCUUCAUCUUCACAAGAAGACCGUCCUAUCCCGGGGGAGCUCCUGUGCCUCAUCUGCAAGGACCUCAUGGUGGAUGCCGCCAUCAUCCCCUGCUGUGGCAACAGUUACUGUGAUGAAUGCAUUAGGACAGCCCUCCUGGAAUCAGAUGAACAUACAUGUCCAACGUGUCAUCAGAACGAUGUUUCUCCAGAUGCUUUAACUGCCAACAAGUGUUUACGACAGGCUGUUACUAACUUCGGUAACGGAACUGGCUAUACCAAAGUACCCGGCAAACAUUUAGCUCCAGCCCCAACCCCAGUCCUGCCACCGAUACCCCUCAUUCAGGGGAAAGCAGAGCCUCUGAUGAGAAGCCCAGUAUCGAGGCAGCAGGAUCCCCUGAGGAUCCCGGUGACCUCUUCUUCAGCGGGCCCAGCUACCUCUGUAUCUUCGUUCACUUCCAGUCCAUCUUCCUUGGCUCCUUCUGUGCCUGGAAAUCCAUCUUCUGGCCCAGCUCCGGAACCUGAUUUGCCCGGGACGGUGCCUGUAGCAGUCCAUUCGGAAAAGCUAGAUGGCCCUUCUCGGGAGGCCCGUGAUAAAUUCUCACUAGCCGCAGCGGUGGAACCAGAACAUUCCAAGGGAGUCCCCUCAACUGCAACUGCUGCUCUUCCUGAGGAAAAGGGCCACCAGGUGCCCGUCCUUGGAACUCCAUCUCUGUUGGGACAGUCAUCAUUGCAGGGACAGCGGAUCCCCACAGCCGGUCCGGUAAGAAGAAGGGCUGCUCAUCCAGGUGGUGGACCACCAGGUUCGGGACAUUUCCACGAGUUUGGCUACCUGGUUUCUCCACCACAGCAAGUCAGAAGAGGGGAAGGAAGUUGUUCCAGGAGCACAGAGCGCGGGAGACAGCACAGCCGGAGAUCCCAGAGGCCUCAAGGCCCCUCACUCCCAGCUUCUCCGGUCUGUGUGCCUGUUCCUCCAGGUGUCCCUCCCCCACAGGUCUCUCCUGGGUCUCCUCCUGGCCAGCAGAAGCCUGCAGGAUACAGUGUCCCCGGUCCAGGGUUUCCACCAGCUCCUGCCAGUACCUGGAAACCUUGGGUAUGGUCGUCAGGAGUGCAGCCUGCUCACCUAAACACCACGCCUACAACGCCAGCACGGCUUUUGUCCAGGGAAGAAUUCUAUAGAGAGCAGCGACGACUGAGGGAAGAGGAGAAGGAAAAGUCCAGGCUAGCCGAGUUUACCAAUGAUUUUCCUAAGGCGUCGACGGGGUGGGAAGAGAUUCAGAGGAAGCGUAGGCGCUCCUGUUCCAGGCCUCGGUCUCCCUGUACUGCUUCAUCGGAUCCAAGAAGCGCAUACACUGACUCAAAUUCAAGAUCUGGUUCGACACGGUCCAGCUCUUACUCUGGAUCCUCCAGCCGCCCACACUCUGGCCUCUCUUCGCCAUCACCUUGGUUCCCCAGGAGAGGCAGAGGCGAGAGACGUCAUCACCCUUCAGGGUCCAGAUCUGGAGCUUCUCACAGAUCUCGGUCAAGGUCACCUCCACAGAGACGAUAUCAUUCUCGCUCAAGGUCUCCUCAGAGAAGGUUCACCCACCCCCAUGACGCCAAAACCUAUUAAGGGCAGAGGGUCCACCUUAGGGACCCUUUUGAGAAGCAAAGCACCAGAAAGGUUACCGAAUUCCACAAAAUACCUCCACAGUAG